AUGGCUGCUGCGACGCUACUUCGAGAAGUACCCGGAGGAUGCACCCAAAGUGACCCUCUUCGUGCGUGCUUGCUUCGACGCCGCCACGCUGACCCGGGGCCACCACCAUCCGCCGAGCAGCAGCAAGGCCUUGGAUUCUUGACGGGACACGUCACAAAGCUGGAGGAUAUUCCUCAGGGCGAUAUUCGGCACCUGUUUGGCAGGUUUCAGCCAGAGGUAUUUUUCACCUCGCCUCUUCUAUCCCCUUCUCAGCCUCCCUCCUCCUCUUUCUCCAUAGAUACUGACGGUUGUGAUAGAACUUCCACAAAAACCUGGGAACUGGUUGAAAAGAUCAACACCUUUGCUAAGCAGCGAGGUGCCACCUCAGCCCAGCUGGCUCUAGCAUGGAUUCGGGCCCAUUCCAAUACAGACAAUUGCGGCACGAUAAUCCCCAUCCCCGGGGCCACAGUGCAGUCUCGCGUGGAAGAGAAUUGCCAGGUGGUCGAGAUAUCUGCUGAGGAAAAGAAUAGGCUAGAUGAGAUUAUCAAGUCGAUUGAAGUUGUCGGAGAGCGGCAGAUUGUGGGAAUGAGUGACAAGCAUCUCUGA